CGUCACCCGCCGCCCGCGGAUUCGAGAUCCGCAGCGGGAAAGGUCCGGCCGCGGCCUCCGCCAUGGACCCGCAGGCGCUGGGCCGCGAGCUGCGGCGCUGGGCCACCGAGGAGAUGGGGCUGCCGCCGCACCGGCUCCCCCCGGACGGCGCCUUCCGGAAACUGUGCGUGGGGCAGGGCGCCGCCAUCUGGACCUACGUCACCCAACACGUCCACAGCCCGCGGAACGUGAAGAAAAUUCGUGGGAAUGUGCUGUGGUACGCUCACCUGGACCGUUCACAGGCAGGAGGCGGCGCCCCGCACGAUGCCCAGCGGCGCCUGGAGCUGCAGCAGGCCGUGGCCCGGGUUCGGGCCGAGCUGUCGGAUCUGGACCUGAGCCUGGAGCUGGCAGAGAGGGAGGCCGAAGCUCAGGAGGGGGCCGUGGAGGAAACCCUGGGGAGGGUCCAGGACGCACAGCGCCGAGCCCUGCUGUUCCAGGCGCGGGCAGCCGGCGCCGCCCGGCAGAGACGCAGCCUGAGGGACAGAGUCCAGCGGCUGGAGGGACAACUGGUGCGGCUGCGGGACGUAAGCAGGAAGGCUUCCGUGGACGUGGUGUUUGAGGUCCCACUGGCCUCGCUCCCCUCCGCCCCUGCUGACCUCCCGGCCCUGGAGCCCGACGUCUUGCGAGACGUCCGCCGAGCCUGCGCCCUCAGGGCUGACCUCCUGGACUCGCUGCUGGACUGCGGCCCCGAGAGGGACAGCUGGGCUGCGAGGCAGAGCCAGAGUGCAACCACCCACCGGCAGUGGCUGAGCAGCGUGGAGGUCCUGCUGGGCAGCCAUCCUCCUGCCCAUGUGCUGGGUGCCUUGGAGUUCCUGGCUCAAGAGCAGAUGGCCCAGCUACAGAGGCUGACCAACCCGGAUGACCCGGGCACUGGACAGAAGCUCAGCCUCCACGCUGUCUCACCACCCCCGCAAGUCACUUCUGACAUCUCCACCUCCUCCUGCGAGGCCCUGCCCUCUCUGCAGAAUCUGAUUCAGGACGGCUGGCGCGGUGCAGCGGAGCUGCUGUCUCGGCGGAGCCCCCUCCUGCAGGAGCACCGGACGCUCACCCUGCAGCUCCAUCGCCUCCUCCAGAACCUGGAGCAGCUUGGCCCGGGGGACCCCGCGCACAGGCUGGCGCUCGUGCUGGGUGUUCGGGCGGCGCGGCUGCGGGGGCUGAGGGCGGCGCUGGGCGCUCAGUGCCAGGCGCUGGAGGCGGCGGGCGGGCGACGGCAGCGGGACCUCCGCGACCUUCAGGCCAAGCAGAAGAGGAUCCUGAGCUUCCGGAGCCUUGUGGAAGAGCGACAGCAGCAGAUCCGGGCGCUGAUCAAGGGAAACUCGAGGAGCAAGAGCCAGUUGUUGGGGUGUCCCGGGGAGGUGCGUCAGGGUGCCCAGCAGAAAGUGGUGGCGGUGGCGGCGGCCGUGGAGGGCGAGGGUCAGGGUCUGCAGGGUGGGCUGGAGCGUGACGCUCGGCUGCUGGAGGGCCUCAACCUCCAUCCCCUGCUGCACCCGUUCCCACCUCUGGACCGGACCGUGACCAUCCUGCCCCGGCAGCAGCGACCACCCCCAGAGGAGCGAUCCCACCCCGUCGUCACCAGUCUGGGGCUUCCACCUCACCAAGCCCCGGAGCUGCUCCUGGCGCGGGUGGCUGACCUCCGCCAGGACCGCCGCUUCCUCCAGGCCCAGCUCCAGCAGCGUGCUGCUGGGGUCCUCGGCCCCCUGCAGAUGCAUUCGACGUCCACCCCUCUCGUGCAAGAACUCCUGGAGACGCAGGCCUCCCGGGAGCAGGACCAGGCGGCCCGUCUGCGCCCCGCGCUGCAGCAGCUCCGGGGGCUCCUGGCCCAGGGCCUGCAGCGCGGCCCGCGCCUCCGGGAGGCCAUCGACGACUGGUGGGAGCAGCCGGCGCAGCGGUGCGUGGCGGGCCUGCGGCGCGGCGGCCUGAGCCUGGCGGAGUGGCAGCGGCGCUGGAGCCGCGCUCGGACCAGCCUGCAGGGACACAGCGGAUGAGCGGGGGCUGCCGGGGCUCCCCACCCCCUCCCCGACCUGUC